UAUCACUUGGGGUUCUUCGUAUUGGAAGUCGCCUUCUGCGCCAGUGUGUGUAAAGGCUGCACUUUCAACGGAACAAUCCAUAUAAUUUAUAAAUAUAAUUCUGUUCUAUAAUAUUUUGUUUUCGAACGUCGCAAAUAAACUAAGAUGAAGACUGUGUUCGCACUAGCUUGCCUCCUGGCCGCGUCCGCUGCCGCUGACGUUUGUUUCAACGAUGUCUCCAAUGAGUGCGGCAGGAACACCAACAGUUUAGCUCUACCAAGCUGUAACGCAGUAUACGGCAACUUCGGGCGCCAGGGCAACGUAGCGAACGAGCUGCAGGCCUACGCCAACCUGCAUCUCCGCCGCUCCUACGAGUUCCUGCUCUCGUCCGCCUACUACCACAACUACCAGGUCAACCGGCCCGGCUUCAGCAAGCUGUUCCGCAAGCUGGCCGACGACUCCUGGGCCAAGACCAUCGAGCUCAUCAAGCAUGUCACUAAGAGAGGCGGCACCAUGGACUUCCACAGCCGCAGCCCGCAGGAGGCGACAGAAGAGAAGAACAACACCAUCGAGCUGCAGGAGCUGGAGUCGCUGGCGCGCUCGCUCGACAUACAGAAGGAGCUGGCCGAGCGCGCCUUCUUCAUUCACCAGGAGGCCACGCGCAACAACCACAAGACUCACGACCCUGAGAUUGCACAGUACUUGGAGGAAGAGUUCAUCGAAGACCACGCCAAGACCAUCCGAGACCUCGCUGGCCACACCUCAGACCUUAAACAGUUCAUCACAUCCAACGGAGGCAAUGACCUCUCUGUGUCCCUCUUCCUGUUCGACGAGUACCUCCAAAAAAUCGCUUAAAUUUUAAAAAACACUCAAUAAUAAAUCAUAUUCAAAAAUUGUGAUUUGAAAAUGAAUUAUAAAUCCUACCAAUUUAGUAGAAAACUGUUUCGAUCAAAUGAUAAAACUACCAAUUUAGUAGAAAUGGUAUAAAUAAAUCCUGGCAACACCGUUGCGUACAAAGUAACUGGCUGUUUAGUUUGUGCUUUAUUAUUUAAAUUAAGGUGAAAACAUUAUUUUAAGUGUAGAAAUUGUAUUGCUUAGUUACGUUUAAUUAAUAUUUUUCAGUUAUUUUCAAAUAAAUAUUCAACACCGUUA